AUGAACGAAGUCAAGCAGUUCUCCGCAGGCCACGACGACCUCAUCCACGACGUGGCAUACGACUUUUAUGGCAAGCGGCUGGCGACCUGUUCAUCAGACCAAAAAAUCAAAGUCUGGGAUUACGACGACGAAACAGGGGAAUGGCUGCCUAAUGAUAGCUGGAAGGGCCACGAUUCAAGCGUCCUCCGAAUAACGUGGGCACACCCCGAAUACGGGCAGGUAUUUGCAACGUGCUCGAUUGAUCGGACUAUCCGCGUAUGGGAGGAGCAAGAUCAGGAAGCCAAGAAUGGCGGACGGCGAUGGGCGGAGAAGGCGCGGUUGGCGGAUAGUAAAGGGACGGUGCAAGAUAUCAAGUUUGCGCCGACGCAUUUGGGGCUUAAAUUCGCGUCAUGUGGUGCGGAUGGGAUCGUACGCAUGUACGAGGCGAUGGAUGUCAUGCAGUUGGGACACUGGACGCUUAUGGAUGACAUAGAAGUCGUACCAGGCGCGAAAGACCCGGAAGGGCAGAUGUGCCUUUCUUGGUGUCCCUCUCGUUUCCAGCCGCAGAUGCUGGCCGUGGGGCACGGAUUCAUGCUCACUCACGCCUCUCCCACCACGACACAGAUCUAUCGCCUAGACCCACACAACAAAUGGCUCCCGCACGAAGUCCUCACCGGCCACACCGACGUCGUAACCGACGUCGCCUGGGCACCCAAUGUCGGACGCAGCUACCAACUGAUCGCAACGGCAUGCAAAGACAAAUGCGUACGCAUCUUUAAAUUGGUCGAGGAGGGCGGACGCGGGACGACAGGGGCCGCUGGGUUUGCGACGGGGUUUGCGACCAAGGCGGCGAGAAAGUUUCGGGUUUUGACUGUGGCGACUUUUAGUGAUCAUGCGGCUGAGGUGUGGCGUGUGGAAUGGAAUGUCACAGGGACAGUCCUCUCGUCCAGCGGGGACGAUGGGAAGGUUCGAUUAUGGAAAGCAUCCUUCCUUGACGAAUGGCGAUGCAUGAGCAUAAUCAGCGCCGAACAGAACACCAACGAUUUUGGGGAGAAUGCUAUGCGGUGA